AUUAACAAUUACUGCGGGAUGUAUUAUUUCACAUCUGUGUCAACUGUUCAGACCUUGUGUGGAAUGGCCAGAGUCUGUUUCUUGCUGUAUUUAUCAUCCUCGAUAUUUGACUGUGCUGUGUUUUGAAUUUACACAUGCACUCAUUUACAUGAUAUGCGUGUGAGGCCACGCUGAGGAUUGCACCUUGCUGUAGGCCCCUUUUAGUAAUUACAGCACCCCCUGCGUGUGCGCUGGUUGGAGACUUGCUCUUAGCCUCGAUAUUAGUCAAGUACCCUACACUGUAGACCACGCCUGCGUUAUGGUGUGCUGCCAUUUGUAACCAACGUGUUGAAGCAGGAGAUGAUUCCAUGGUAAUUUGAUGGAGGGCUGCUUUGGUUAGUUACCGCCGUCAUUAUCAUCGUUUGGCCCGGAAUGCACAGGGGAGCCUGUGCGGGCCGGCAGAUAUUGCAUGCAUGAGAUACACAUGUACAGUCAAGAUACGAACAUGCUGAUUUGAUCUGUGUGCGCUUGCAUCUAUGAGUGAGUGGGUGAGUGUAUUGUAACUGCAGGGGCUACCACCUUCCUUCGUCCUGCAUUUGGAAUGAGUCUCGUCACUGGAUGAUGGGGGAGUCUGCCUCUCGCUGUCUCCCUCUCUCACUCUGUCUCAUGGGGAGCCUUCAAGACGUAUAGGCCAAAUUUGCCUAGCUGUUUGGCUGUUAUAUGCUGGACCGCUCACUCAAAAGGAGCGUCCUUUUGCUGAUGAGAUUGCUGCAGAGACAGAGACCAACUGCCGAGACAUUGCUGGACAGGUCGUACACGGACAUGUGCAAGCACUUCUCAGCAGUGUAUAGCCUCCCUGCUGUUCGGAGUGAAUAGAUUUCAGAUUGCCGCAAAGGUUAUGGCCGACCCACAUUUCAGGAUUUGUGCUACAUUUGAAGCAGAGCCCGACAGGAGCAAGGAAUUCUACUGUGUAAGCGCCUUGUAUUAAAGUCGACUUGUGACCUUGUAAGCUGUUGAACAGCUUCACGUCAGACUUUGUGACAAACACAGAAAAGACAUCUCCUUGAAGGACAAGCCUCAACUGUAUCCUGAUGAUUUUUCAUCUUAAAAGGAGACAGAGCGGCUGAUUGUAUUCCAUAGCGUCGUGUCACUGAUUGAUUUGUUGUGUUUUUCCUGGUCAUGACUUGGACCCGCAAGGACCGGGGAUCUUAUUCUUCUGUCAGCCAGUUUGAUCCGGACUAUUUCAUGUCAACUGACGAGGGCUCUGAGGACUCCAACUAUGGCCGGCCGUCAGACUCGGAUCUCUCACUGGAUGAGGAGAGAGAGGCUAUACGCCGGGAGACAGAAAGGCAAGCCCUGGCACAACUGGAGAAAGCAAGGACAAAGCCAGUGGCGUUUGCAGUCCGAACGAAUGUAGCCUAUGACGGGUCAAUUGACGACGAUUCACCAGUCCAGGGCUAUGCCAUCACCUUCAAAGUUAAAGAUUUCCUCCAUAUAAAAGAGAAAUACAAUAAUGACUGGUGGAUUGGUAAGCUGGUGCGGGAGGCCGCUGAUGUUGGUUUCAUCCCCAGCCCGGCCAAGCUGGAAAACAUGAGGCUUCAGUCAUCAACAAGCAGGACGAAGCUCAUGAACAACCGGUUACCCCAGUCCCCCUCUGGUAGGAUCAACUACCUGCCGAACAAAGCCGCAACCUUACCCCUCAACAGCAAGAGUAGUUACCCAACUUCCCCCCGUCAUAGCAGGUCGACCAGCGGGCUGAGCUCCACCUCCAACCUGGGCGAUAUCAUGGGACUGGCCAACGCCCGCAAUGCCAACUCCAGGGGAUCAACUCCUCCCACACCGGGGAUUGACAUGGAUCAGAAUGGAAUGGGGGAAGUGGACGACAGUGAGACGCUGAGCCGCUCAAAGAGCAGCACCAUCUCGCCCCAGCCCAAGGAGAAGAGGAAACCGUUCUUCAAAAAGACGGAGAAUAUACCACCCUAUGACGUGGUCCCCUCCAUGCGGCCUGUAGUCCUGGUUGGCCCCUCCCUAAAAGGCUACGAAGUCACCGACAUGAUGCAGAAGGCACUGUUUGAUUACCUCAAGCGCAAGUUUGAGGGGAGAAUAUCGAUUACGAGGGUAACUGCCGACAUUGCCUUGGCCAAACGCUCCGUCAUGAACAACCCCAACAAGCGUGCCAUUAUGGAACGCUCCAACAGCCGAUCCUCAAGCAUUGCCGAGGUCCAAGCAGAGAUUGAGAGAAUAUUUGAGCUGGCCCGCUCCAUGCAGCUGGUGGUGCUGGACUGCGACACCAUCAACCACCCCACCCAGCUGGCCAAGACCUCCCUGGCCCCGAUCCUCGUCUACGUCAAGAUCUCCUCCCCCAAGGUCCUGCAGAGGCUUAUCAAGUCCAGGUCCAAGUCCCAGAGUCGCAACCUGAACGUCCAGCUAGUAGCAGCGGAUAAACUCCAGCAGUGUCCGCAAGAGCUGUUUGAUGUGAUCCUAGAUGAAAACCAGUUGGAAGAUGCAUGCGAGCAUCUAGCAGAUUACCUGGAAGCAUAUUGGAAGGCAGCCCAUGGACCAGAGCCCACCACUCCACCGAAACCAACACCGGCACACAACUCGGUCUCACGGACGUCCUCGCCCCUGCACAGCCUGCUGUCCCGGGUGGGAUCCCACAGGCACGACAAGCACAAGCGAAAGGGGAAAGACGAGCACGAUGGCAACAACAGCGACCGUUACGAGAGCCAUGGCGACCAGGCUGAGAGUGGAUACCGGAGUGACUCCCGGCCAGAUUACAUGUACCCGGACCGUCGGGAUGAUAGCGAUCACGACGACAAUCGGGGCAUGUCACCAGAUGAGCGCCCUCGGCGGUCCAACGAUUACUAUGAUAACGAGCGGCGAGACAACCAGGAAUAUGAUCGUGAUUACGAUCACCGGCGCCACCCGCGAGAGAGGACUCGUGACCGUGACAUAGAGCGGGGUCGUGAGCGCGGGCACGACUACCGCAGCGAGCCACGGGAAAGUUCCCGCGGCUCCAGGGACAGGCUUAACAUGGAACGUGACAUGGUCCGAUAUGAGAGUGACUACCCUGACCGGGGCUCACAACGAGAACACUAUGAGCCCAAGGGGCGCUAUGAGUCCUCAGAGAGGUCCCGAGGCAGUGCUGACAGGGACAGGUAUAUGUACCCCGAACGUAGUAGUGGGCCAAGCAGCGGCCGCUCCAGAACACGGGAUCGGGAUAUUGAGAUGGAGGACAUGUAUGAACACACCAGGUCGGGCCCAUAUCCCGAUCAGUACUCUCGCUACCAUGAUGGCCCAGUGGAGCGAGCUCCUCGUGAUCCUUCACCCUCACCCAGGUCACGUGGAGGCCGACCUUAACCUGUCCCAGCAGGAUUCAGAGACUCCUUCAUCAGGGAGUUGACUCCCUCGGGGAUUCUGUCGUUUCCUUAUGGCUGGUUGUCUUCAUGGAAGUAGAAAAAUGACUUUCAUUUUCAGAUUUCCAGCUGGCUGAAAGAUGAAAAAAACAACCGUAGUGGUGUUUUUGUUCUUGACAGCCUUUUUUCCCCUUCAAGCCUGCAAGCAGCAAUGCCACUUAAGCUAUCAGGUCAAGUUGCUGUCCGAUGUGUUCUGCAGGUUCUUGCGUAUGAUCAGCCUAAGCAGUGGUCAUCAGAGAUAUUUAAGGUUUCCAACUUCAGGUUUGAUGGAUCUUUGCAGUUUUCUUCCAAAAAAAAAACAAAGUUCACUCAUUAGUGCAGAGGAAAAUCAACAGCUGUUUGAUGCAUAUCAUUUGGAAAGGUGCUCUCUAUGGACUUCGUACCAGCUUGUGUAGAUGCAAUUUCAUCUUUGAUCUUUUCUUGAUGCCUGUUUUAUUGUGUAAUAGAGCAUAGUCAUUCUCAGUCAUUUUCCUCUACGUCUAAACCAUGCUGGAUUAGUAUCGGGCCUCUGAAAUCUCAUGUGAUACAGAAUAUUGAGAAGUUAAUGUAGCUCAGUUUGGCUCGAACACAGUCAUCCAUGUCAGGCUGCACGCCUUCAUGAACUUACAGAAAUAACCCUCAACAAAUUCUGCCCAUGCUUUCAUAGCUGGGUGUGGCGCUGCACCACAGAAGAAUAAGCAGCAAGUUUAAUGUGGUUUUUGGGAUUACAUCCAAGAUGGGAAGAAGACCAAACAGAAAGUUGCCAAGAUUUUUUGGACCCUGACCAUUUGCAGAUUUCCACUGCUUCAGUGAACAUGUUUGUUUUUUUCCUUCACUGUCAAAUCGUUACCUGAAGCGAAACUCAUGUUUGAUUUAUUUGUAUCCACCUGCUUAGAGCCAGAUCAACAGCUAUCUUUUGUUCAGCCCAAAAUGGCUGGAGAGAUUUGUUGGGAUGUUUAUUGCUUGACUUUUUGUCCUGAGGUGACACAGGUUUAAGCCAUAAUGUUUAGGCACAGGUUGUGGAAUCACCAAUGUACAUUUAAACAAAGUUGACUUUCCAGAACAAAGUCCUGUCCAGCUUACACCGAGUUGCAUUCAUUCGGUCUAGCACCCAGGUAGUCCAGUUGCUUUGUUUUUUUUUGUUUUUUGGUUUCGUUUUCUGAACUCUUGUUUCAUUUUUCACAACAUUUUCAAAUCAAAAUUGGGUUCGCUCCUGCAACAUGGAGCAUAAUUCAGGUCAGGAUACCCGUGUUGAGUAAGCACUGUUCAUUUGUAAAAACGCAACUGUUCUUAAAUUUUCAAACACAUUGAAUGGCCAAAAUUGUUGUCUUUUCAUCAAGAGUCACCCCGGUUUCCAGGACCUUUAAUAGAGGGAGAUAGCCCUAUUAUUCUCUGACACAUUCUUUCUGUCUUCAAGCACAAUCAUUGAAUAAUCAGGUUUAGAAGGAGUACUCUCUUACUUAGCUCAUAGACAAGGUCUGUCCAAGAGGAAGAUCUCCACUCACAUUUCAGACACCAGACAGUUGUCCUGGCCCACCAAUGCCCAGUGUCAGUUGAUGGAUAAAUCUUGUGAGGACCCUGAAGAGUAAAUAGGAUGGUGGCGCCUCACAGCAAAUGCUCUGGGUUAUUAGGGCAGUGUUGGGAAGCACUUUACAAAAUAUAUUGCUAUUCCAUUACAACAACAUUGAAUCAUGGAAGUCUUAAUCCAAAGCACGAAGUCUGGCUUCUCAAUAUGAAGUUUGGUGGGUGAAGACACUCGUGCACAGGUCACAAAAAAGUGCACCAGACUGUGGUAUUCAAUGCUAAUUUUAUGAAAAUAAAGUAUCUCUAUACUCUUACAGCCUAACGUAAUGUAAAUUCUAGAGCAGAGAGAUUUUAAUAUGCAAAUUUUACAGGUCAUGCAUAUGUAGUAUAUGACCUCUUUGUUAAUGGUACCAAUCUUUGUGACAGCAACUGAGGACGUAUGUCCUGUGACAGCUAGAGAUUUGGCUAAGUUUCAGUAGCUAUCACUCUAAAAUGUAGUUGAGAUCCCCCAAACUCAUUAUCUAUGCAUUGGAGCUGGUAAAAAUUCAUGUAAAAUAGAUACCUGUUGUGCAAAUUUGUGGAAUUUAUCGGGUAAGGGUGGAAUUAUUCGAGGCGAAAGUUGAUGGAUAUUUUAAUGAGAAAGUGUGGGCAUAAAAAAUUAUCUGCAAACUCAGUACAAACUUGUUUCACAAGAGCCGCGUUGAAAUCCACAGAAGUGAACUGCUGUCUUGUCACAAAAGAAAGAAGGCAAAAAUAGUUGGACAAAUUUGAGAAGCAAAAGAAGGAAAUCCAAAUUUUGCAAUAGCUUUUGUUGUCUGGGCAACCAGUAAGAAGUAAGAAGAAAAUUGUGUACUUGCCCACCACUGAGGAAAGAGAAGUGAAAAAUAUUGAACUGGUCUGUGCUUCAGUAACCCAGGGUGAGGACUUGGUAUAUAACAGUGAACAGUGUCCAGAAUGUUGCCAUCCACACCACAAAUUGUAGGUCUCUUAAAAUUGUAACUGCCAUGUAGAAAUAAGAGUACACCAUUGACGUUACUUGAGCGAGAAGACUUGGUUGUGGCAGCAGGUUUGAAUGUUGUCUAGUUCUGCAGUUGUCAGGGUAUGUGUCAAUUUGUGCAAUAACUGUAGCCAUGACCCGCGGCCAACUUGAAGCACCUCUGAGGUGCUGUUUUCUAUCCACCUAUUUACUGCUGUACACUAUUGUAACCAUUUCCUACCAACACUACUAGAGCUACUAAAAAACCAGGUUGCUUGUCAACCAAAAGAUAAGGCUUUUUUCCCAAACCGAUGCAAAUUAAACGAAGAAAAAAUCACCUCAAGCAAUUAAGUAACCAUUCUUGAGCUAAACCUCUUAAUAAAUAAACUGUAUAAACUUAAUAACCAUUCGUGGAUAUUCAAAAUCGUGUACUGCUUUGUGCAACGCUUAAUGUGCAUAACACAUGUUUUGAGCCAUGUUGGUUCAUACACAUUAUUAGACUUGUGAACAAUCUGCAUCACUUUCUGUGAUUUUUUUUAAUUAUUGUCAAAUUUUGAAGCUGUCACUUGUAAAGAAACUGUUUGAAGCAUAUGAAGUAUAUGUAAUUUUUUUACCUGUAUACAGUACACAUUUCAUCAAAUAGCCUUUCACAUAAGAUAUUAACACGUGUGGCUUUUCUGCGUGCACAUAUCAGCAUGCUCUCAUCUGUUGACACUCAUUUCAUCUCCAGUGGGUUGUUUGUACCUACGAUUCCAGUCCAGUGAGUUGUCAAAAUUUUGCUGGAGCUGUUUGCCAACGGCAAACCGGAACAAAUGCUGAACGCCUGUCCUUUGACAUCUGAGUAGGCUUUUGGUUUGGUGUUGAGAGCCAAAACGGAAUGGUAUAAAUCACCCAUAGACUUGGGCAAAGGAGAGAUAUAUAUGCAAAAAAAAACAGACAUCCCGGUCCAUCAGAAUCUUACAGUUUCUGCACAUUAAAUUGAAAUUCGUUUCCAAGUAGGUCUUUACCCCAUACGACGUACAAAGAAGUCUCCAGCCAUUUUGUUGGCACAUUUUACCAAUUUUGUUGCUGUUCUAAACUUCAUGGCAGUGGUAUCUGAAUGUCACAUCCAACAUAUUAAGCAAAGCCCACAUACCUUUGAGAGGGGAAUUGAAUAUUCCAAUUUCCCCCACCCCCCACCCCACCCCAGCCCAGUUUGGGUUGGUUUUUGCUUUCUGGCUGACCGCUGCAGUAUCCCUUCAGGUUUGGAAUCAUUGCGGUCAUUGCCAGUUUUUCUCUCCUUUGCCAAAGGUAGGCAUCCUUUGUCUUGCAAAAUACCAAGAGGUUACUAUGUAAAAACAAUAUGGUUCACUGCAGGAGUCAGUCGAGGCGGUCCACUGGGAAAGUCACCCGUGAGACCAAAAAUUUGAUUGGUUUGCUGGGCCGGUACAACCAUUCCUUGAUGGUAGUGGAGUUGGCUAGUCACCAACAGCCAGCCCUGCUGUUUGCCUGACAAAAUGCUGCGGAGCCAUCCCGGGCAAAAGCCACAAAACAUGGACGGUGAUCACAUUUUUUUCUCCUGAUGUAAAUAUAGCACUUGUAACAAAAAGAUAUAACCAAUAAUAAUGUGCAACUUCUCGAAGAACUAAACUUCUGUCACUUUGAAGAAAACGAAAGAUAUUACAUGGGUUGUUUGUACUAGUAGUCUGUGUGUAAAAAUGAAUGUGUAUGUAAUUCACCUUAAUCAUAUUGAUAGGCAGUUUAUAUAUACAUAUAAUACAUAUAUAUUUUUCUUUUUUGAUUUAUGUGUCUUUGUAUUGAUAUUUCCUUUUUGUUUCCAAAAAGCGCAACAUUCUUCGGGUGUCAGAUCGGACGCACCCUUGUAUAUGUAUUUAAUGUAAAGACAAUUUUUUUCCAUGUACUGAAGAACAGACAAAAUAUCGCUUGAUAAUGAUUUGGUUUUAAUGUUUUCUAUAUAUUGUGCCUUUUCUUAUUAUAUAUAAACUGUAUUAUAAUACAAUUAGCAGGUGCAAGUAAACAUUUUCAUACUUUUUAAUUCUGUUAGUGCAGUCUCAUUUCGGCACCUUUUUUCCAUCAUGGCUUUUUAAACGUGUUGACUUCUUUUAGCAUUUUGCAAUAUAUUUACACGCUCGAUCUUUCUGCCUCAAGAAGUUUCCUUUCUGUGCGCACUAUGAGAAGUUGUAAUUACAGUGUAUUGACUAGGUAGGCAGAGUGCCAGACGAAGACAUGUAUUCAAUGGCAAACUAGCGAUAACUAUCGCGUUUCACCUUUUGUGUUUAUGUAGCGGGUUUUUUGUACGUGCUGAAAUAUUGGCGUUACCAUCCAGAUGGCAUAUGUGCAGACACCGUGUUAACUUGUCCUUCUUUUGUGUGAACCGAAUGCAAGUUGCACCGGCUAAAAACAGUGGAGUUUGUCCUUUGUGCUUUGUCUAAAUCAUUUACUCUCAACGUUAAAAUCAGGUUAAGUCAACUGCAGUGUAACUGGCAUUGGGUUUAAAGUGGCACAAUACAUUCACCAAUUAGGUUAUGCACACGCAACCAGACUAUCCUUGCUUUAAAAAGGCAGUUGACGGUGUAUUUAUCAACUGCUUAUCUGGUAUGAUGAGUGGGCUAUAUUGGAUAUAUAACAUACCAGGAUACACUGAAUAAUUUACCAGGUAUGUUUUUUUAAAUGCCAGUUUAGUGAUCUCUGGUACCUCUGGUUUGGAAAUGUUCAGGUUGGUUUGAGUAACGCCAUUUUGUUAAUAUAUGUUGGCCAUGGCAAUCAUGAAAAUUACAGCCAUGAUAACAGUUUUCUUCAAAUUUACUAUUUAUUCUGUUGUAUAUUUGAGAUUUUAAGAGAGUUUUUACUGGCAGAUUAUAUAUUGGUGUGUGAUACAUAAAAUAUUUUCUUUCUUGGAUUCCAGGAUUUUAGUGAAUUGCCACAGCUUCUUCGACAGAUGCUGUUUUCUGGAUUGUUUGAAACUGCACUAACACACACUUUUACGGGCUGUUGUGUAGACUACUUGUGCCUAGGUGUCAUUUUUUUCUGUCUGGAACCAAGUUGUGUGCUGCAAUUACUUUUUGCUUGAGGCUGUCACAAAAACAGAGGUACUGUUUUGGACCAAAUGGGAAUUAAGAAGGUUUUGCUUUAUCCAGGUUGCACAUUGUUCUCUAACCACUUAUAAACCAGCUUCUGUGGCACGACCUUAUUGGGUCAAUGCUCAUAGUGCAGUGGGCAAUGUCUGACUUAACAAAAUUGAGGGGCAGUUAAGGGCCUUUACACAUGGCUUGUUUGUAUGCACCAUUUGCCUGUUCUUAGAUGGGAUCAGUCUUCAGAGAGGACUAGGCUGUAGCUGGGUGGUCUCUGCCGAUAAGAGUCGGGCUUCCCGAGCACCUCUGCUCAGUAUUGUAGACUGAAAAGGGGAGUAGGGACCGAUGCCGAAGUUAGUGCCUCAAUUUGCUGGUACCAUCAACUCUGAAAGAGAGUAUAACAUUGGCAGUGGCACUCACAUUUCUUUAUUGAUAAAAGAGUCCCUGUGCACGGAUCCCAUUGGACUUUUAGCAGUAAUUCACUGGUUCAAAAUCAAGUCUCAUCUCAAUGGUGCCUGUUGACCAAAACUUGCCAGGGGAGACAUACAUCAGCUGUUCUGAUUGGCUGUCUACAGGAUUAGUGUGCUAGAGAUAGCCAGUCAUUGCCCUUGUUCCACCUGGCAAAGAAAGUUAAACAGCCUGGACUUGCGAGAGAGUAUUGUGGCACAUACUUGCAGGCAAUUUUGUUUUAUUUGACAUGGUAUGGUUCCUGCUUUGGAAACUGGUCAUAAUGCUGUUGCAAAGUGACUAUAAAUUUUUGUGAGAGCGCUGAUAAAGAAAGGGAAAAUUGUUUGAAUGAAUGUGCACAAUGUAACGCACUGAAAAUAUGUAGGCACAACAUAAAAAAGAACUUCAUGACAGCACAAACAAUCAAAAAAAGGAAAAAGAGUAGUUGAUGCACCGUCACCAUUGGGAAAGGAUUAUCAACUGAUCUUGGUUGAAUGAAUAGUGACAAACUUUGGAUUGGUGUAGUGAUUAGUGGUAAUGACAAGAAAAGAGAUGGUCAGGAUGGUGAGUGCGGUGGUGAUGGUGACCGGGGUGAGAAAGUGGUAAUGACAAGGAAAGAGAUGGUCACAAUUGUUAAGGAAGUGUUGAUGGUGACUGGGGUGAGAAUGCUGAGGGUGGUGAGUGUGAUAGAUUGUGGUGAUAGAAUAAUGAUGAGAUGCAUCGCCUACAUCAUACGUAGCACUCGAGCCAAGCUUAAUUCUCACAUCAGGAAACAAAGUUCCCAGACAAGGCACUUUGUUCCAAUUUUUCUGUUAAAAUCCCAUGCUGAAAUCAAGUCAUGCAAAUGUAUGCCUUUCCUUGGCCUUUUGGAAGAAAGUGUUUCGAGAGCCAAUUUUCUGGUGGACCUUUUUUUGAAUGUUAAAUCUAGCAGCUUUGGGGUGUGUGUGUGGGGGAGGGUGAUGUUUAGCCUGUAGUGGAGGAUGAGCAAAAGGAUUGUGAGAACUGUACAGUUGGUUGUGAAAUGAUAUACUGCCGUUAGUGGUUUAUUUAGCCAGAGAAUGUUUGAGUGUGAGUGGAACAGAGUGAUUGUUAUCAGAUGCUGUGGAGAUUAAAGUGAUGAUAGUAAUGGCAAACCGAUGAGAGUUUACCCUGGCAAUUGCAAACAUGAUUCUGGUUUGAAGUCUACUGAUUUUGCUGUUGUCGGCUUUCAGUUGAAAAAGAACUGAACAAAAAUUUCCUAACCUAUGAAAGAUUCUGUGUCCAUUUUAUUCGAAGUGUAGCUAGUGCAGUAAAAUAAGUUAUUAUUUCUUUUUGAUGAAGUAUACGAUUUUGAACCCAUCUGAGCACUGUUGCCUUUACAGCAGCAAAUGAAAGAAGUUCCAACUCCUGCAAAAAGUAGCACGUAGGAUUGGUGCAAGAUACUUGCCACUUGGGAGUUCGCUCAAGAUCAUAUUAGUCUGGUUUUCUCUACCUACCUUUGAUUGUUUUGAUGUCAUGCAAACCUUUUUAGCUGGCACUUUCAGCUGUUUUUGAUCCAGUACUGAUAUGGCGGUUAACAAAGCAGGAACGGUCCUAUCAUAUGUGCUUGCUGCUAGUCAGUAGGUGUUUUUUUGCAGAACUUUUACACUUUUGUGCCAGAAUGCACUUGUAUAAAUUGCUCUCCGUUUUGGUAUGCCUUUCUUUAUAUUUAUAGAUAAACACAAAACGUGUUUGUAUUCAAUAAUGUGGCAGGGUUGUGAGAAGUACGUGUGCCACCAGACCAGGUCAUGUGAGUGUGUCAUGUGACUGGGAGUACAGACCACCCCUGGCUGGCCCUGCUGGUUCAGGGUAGCAUUGUAGCCUACUGGUUGAACAGAUUGUGGGACCCAAAGUGGCCACCAAAGAAGGAUACCCUGUGUCUAGUGACACUGUUUUUUUUUUGUUUUUUGUUUAUUCAAUUCAGAAGUCUUUUGAUGGAGUACAUUGUAUUCAUAACUGGUAAAAUGUUAAUGGUACAUAUAUACAUUGUAUUCAAGUAGGAAACACUUCACUCGCCCUAUGGGGGGAACAAUGUGUUCUUAUGGUUAUAUUGAAUAGUGAAAAAAAUUUCUCAUUUCUUUGAAAGGAUUGUUAAGAGAAAGUAAUACAGACUUAGAGAAGGUUUUUAGUGUUCAAAUGGCCCUCAGUGUUCAAACUUUCUGAGAAAGUUCUUCUGAUGUAUUAUAGACUUUGUGUAUGCACUAAAAUAUUCAUUGUAAUUAAAGGAGAAGAAAGCAUUUUAAGGACAAUUUUUAUUGAAAGAUACUUAUAGAUAUACUCAAGGGAAACUACAUUUGCCAUGCAUCAUAAUUAAACAGAGUGUUGGGGUCUGGAAUUUUACACUGACUCCAGAAUGCCAUGAUGAUGAUAAUUAUGAUUGAAGUUAGAAAUGGAAGUUGAUUGUGGGUUGGAAACAUGACAGAUGUUUUUUGCGUUUUUUUCUAAUCCCAAAUUAUCGGCAGUGAUGAGGAGUGGCUGGUAGGUCUGUGGAAUCAGGAGACAAUGUGGCACUGUCAUACAGCACAGAAGUGUGCAAUACUUGAAACUACAGAUUGGGCUAAGACAAGCUGAAAUAAGAGCAAAGUGAAAGGUUGAAAGAUGCACCUGGGCUUGUACUGCCCUUCUGUUUGUUUUUCUCCAGUCAUUCAAGCAGGACUUUUUGUGGCAAGUUUUUUUUUUCAAAGUGUAUCAAAAAUUUACCUGUUCAUAAUCAGCUUUUAUUGAAUUGUAAGGGAACUACUCUUAUAAAUAAUACUACAGUGGUCUGUUACGGCAAUUUUUCCUUAUAUUGUGAGAGAAAGAGGUACCAUUGGGGUGUUUUUGAGAUAUAAAUAAAGCUCCUAACCUGGGUUAUCAACAUAUGUUGUUCGUAUGGGUAUACUUCUCUGAAGGCUUUAAUAAUCCAUUUAAAAAUUAUUAUUGGUGUAAAUGUAACACAUUGCUAGCUAGGAGUAAAAAUCAUCUUUGAAAUGUUCACAAAAUUUCAAUCAAUAAGGUUUAGAGCAUAUAGCCUAAGAUUAAAAAACAGUCAGUACAUCUUGGACACUUAUUAUUUUUCAGGUUUUUUAAUUUCCAAAUUACUGUUGUAAUCAAUAGCCUUCAAAGAAUAUGUAUCGUACAAUUUUGAAGAUCUUCCAAACUUGACUGUGUAAUGUACAAGCCUCUUGUAUUUGAGUGGCUGAUAUAUAUGCUGUUUAUGGUAAUCAUGUAUUCAUCCUAUCAAGUAUCUCUCUGCCUAUUUGUGGUGGUUUCCUUAUUUUUCCAGCAGAAUUUGUAACUGCAUUUGGUGUAGAUUAGAAUGCAACUUCUUGAGACCAUUUUUUUUGGCACAGGACUAGUAGUGUAGCCAGUCUUUUCUGUGGCUGGCAUGUUAGAAGAAAAAAAACAAGUCAAACAAAUAAAGAAAUAAGUCAGUCCAGUAUAGAAACAAGGUAUACGAUGGGUCAAUACAAUUUUCUAGUGGGGGCUUUAAAAGAAAGGUUGAUAUAGCUUAAAAAUGGUACCUUAAACAUGAAGUCAGUCUGGCCAGACUCAAAGUUUUGACCAAACAAAACUGUCAGUUGCAUUUCUACCAGCUAGAUUAACUGUGCUCAAACCAAGAAUGUUUCCAAACGCUUGGUAUGAUGUUGAAAAAAAUCUGUAUAUGCAAAAUGGUCCAAAAGUGGUUGAAAAAAUCUUGUAAAUGUUAACACAACGAUGUAGCUUGCGAGUACAUUGCCCGCAGGUAGAUGACAAAAUAAAGAAAACAAGUGUGCAAGUGCAUAUGAAAUGAUGGUAGGCUGACAAAAGGGCAUAUUUCCAUUAUCAUAAUUAGUGUUGUAUUUCACAUAGAUGGGCCAGUUCUCAUCCAGUGCUUGAUAUGGUAGCUUUGCAACAUGUAUAAACAAAAUAGUUUUAAAAAGAAAACAUUAUUAGGAACAUGUUGUAGGUUGAAAUUUUAGAUAUUGUCCUUAUCUUUCUCUUCAGAAUUUUAUCGUGUAUGGAACUUCCACAGUGUCUUGCAAUACAAACUGUUAUAUCACGUUCGUGUGAGUCCUCGCUGGAGCGUUUUCUGUUAUACAUUGUUUUAAAGGCAAUUUCUGCAAUUCAGAAAUGUACUUCAUGUAUUGGGGACAGUGUAAUCGAUUAAAAACCAUGCAGGUAUCAUGUUCGGCAUUCAAGUUGCGUGUAUGGCAAUGGGAAAUUUAACUUACCAUAAAAAAUAGUAUAAAAUGUAAUCAUAAACAAGAUCAAUUUAAUGAGUGUAUCUAAUAGUAGUGGUGAGCUUGUGUGAGGGGUUGGUGUGUUGGCACAGUGCUUAGUGCUAAUGUCAGACUGUCGUUAUAAAAAAGCAGUACAAUUGUUACGUCAGUUCAGGCGGUAUGUGGUUCAGCCAUAUGUAAAUAAAUUUUUAAUUGCUUCUAUCAGCUA